GUAAGCGGCCAUCUUGUCGCGCCGAGCAGGAGAAGAGCAGCAGAUAUGGCUGACUACAGUAACGUGGCUCCCCCGUCCUCUAACAACGGCGGCGGAAUGAACGACGCUUUUAAAGACGCUCUCCAGCGUGCACGACAGAUCGCAGCGAAGAUCGGCGGUGAUGGCGUGGCGGCUCCCCCAACAAACGAGUUCGGCUACGGGGGCCAGAAAAGGCCCCUGGAGGACGCUGGUGGGUAUUUUCCCAUGCCUAACCUGAAUAUCGACCAACCAGAGACGAAGAAAGUGGCUACAAAUGACGCCUUUUCAGCAAUGGGAGGAAUGGGUGGACCCUCAAGGUCAAUAUCAGAGGAGUUCAAGGUUCCAGAUGGGAUGGUUGGAUUCAUUAUUGGAAGAGGAGGCGAACAAAUAUCACGUCUGCAGCAAGAGUCUGGAUGCAAGAUACAGAUAGCGCCUGACAGUGGAGGAAUGCCAGAUAGGUCAGUGACAUUAACAGGAGGACCAGAAUCCAUCCAGGCUGCAAAAAGGCUACUAACAGAGAUCGUUGACAAGGGGCGCCCAGCUCCAGCAUUCAACCACAACGAUGGCCCGGGAAUGACUGUCCAGGAGAUUAUGGUCCCUGCCUCUAAAGCCGGUCUUGUCAUUGGCAAGGGUGGCGAAACCAUCAAAAGCCUUCAGGAAAGAGCUGGAGUGAAGAUGGUCAUGAUCCAAGACGGACCCCAAAACACAGGCGCUGACAAGCCACUCCGAAUUUCAGGAGAGCCCUUUAAAGUUCAGCAAGCCAAAGAGAUGGUGAUGGAACUGAUCAGAGAUCAAGGCUUCAGGGAGCAGAGGGGCGAAUAUGGUUCACGAGUUGGAGGUGGAGGAGGCGGGGGAGGAGGAGGCGGAGGAGGAGGAGGAGGAAGCAGCAACGGGGGAGACAGCUUAGAUGUUCCUGUACCCCGGUUUGCAGUGGGAAUUGUUAUUGGCAGAAAUGGAGAGAUGAUCAAGAAAAUACAGAACGACACUGGCGUCAGGAUCCAGUUUAAACCAGAUGACGGCAGCACACCAGAAAGGAUAGCACAGAUCAUGGGUCCCCCUGACCAGGCUCAGCACGCAGCAGAAAUAAUUUCCGAUCUGCUGAGGAGCGUCCAGGCCGGCGGUCCUCCAGGACACGGUGGUGGCGGCAGAGGUCGUGGUCGCGGGCAGGGGAACUGGAACAUGGGUGGCCCCCCUGGUGGCCUGCAGGAGUUUACCUUCACUGUCCCAACCAUGAAGACUGGUCUCAUCAUUGGAAAAGGUGGUGAGACAAUCAAGGGCAUCAGCCAGCAGUCGGGAGCCAGGAUCGAGCUGCAGAGGAAUCCUCCACCCAACGCCGAUCCCAACAUCAAAAUGUUCACAGUUCGGGGCUCCCCUCAACAGAUCGACUACGCCAGGCAGCUGGUGGAGGAGAAAAUUGGGGGACCAGUCACUCCAAUGGGUGGCCCACACGGAGGUCCAGGACCACACGGAGGUCCAGGUCCACAUGGUCCUCCUGGACCACCUGGGCCCCCGGGAGCUCCCAUGGGUCCAUACAACCCAGGACCAUACAACCAGGGACCUCCAGGACCACAUGGUCCACCGGCGCCUUACCAGCCUCAGGGAUGGGGCAACGGCUACCCACACUGGCAACAGGGACAACCUGAUCCAAAUAAAGCAGCAGCCGAUGCCAACGCAGCAGCGUGGGCAGCCUACUACGCUCAGUACAGCGGGCAGCCGCAGGCUCCCAUGACCCCGACAAGCGGAGCACCUGGCACAACUCAAGCCAACGGCCAAGGUGACCCACAGGCUGCAGGUCAGAGUGGACAGGCAGAUUACUCCAAGGCCUGGGAGGAAUAUUACAAGAAAACGGGUCAACAGAGUCAACAACCUCAGGACUACACGAAAGCCUGGGAGGAGUAUUACAAAAAACAAGGUCAAGCAGCCCCUCAGGCCACAGCGGCAGCAGCAGCUGCAGCAGCCACCCAGCCUGGAGGCCAGCCAGACUACAGCGCUGCCUGGGCGGAGUACUACCGUCAGCAGGCCGCCUACUACGGCACAGCCAACCCCCAGGCGAUGGGUGCAGCACCACAAGCCCCUCAGGUACACCCCCGAUAAGAAUCUGCCCUCCACAUCCACUGAAUAUUCAAGUCUUUUGUGCCUUAACCGCCUUCCUUCCUCAGGGCUCACAGGGCUCCCGUGACUGCAGCAGCCUCACACACUUAACCAAAACCAUUUCCUCCCUAAACAGGUUUUAAGCUUUUUAUUUUGGGAAGCUGAGACCACUGUUUCUGAUGUUAACAUGCAAUGUAUCUUCUAUGUAUUUCUUCUGCACAGGGCCAGUAAUGUGAAGUGGACAUAAAGUAAAUGCUACAUUGUCGAAACAAAAUCCUUUGUUAAAUGUUUGGAUGCAGACGCCUUGAUGAAGAUCUUAAAUUUCCUUGGUUUGAGAGUGUUUCACAUAGAUGGCAGAUACCCGGCGAACACGUCCUCUUCCUUUUUUUUUUUUUUUUUUUUUUUUUUCCUUUUUCUUGUAAAUGCUUUGUUUUUAGUGAGGUAAUUCUACAUAUGGUCAUUCCAGCCCUGUAUCUACAUUAAAUGUGGUUAGAACUCAUGUUUAUUAAACUGUAGACAUUACCAUGUAAAUCAUCUCAGUUUUAAAAUGCUAUUGCCUGUUGUGUUUUUGCAAUAAAACAAACUGAAACCUCCUGUGUUGGUAAGUUGGGGUGGUUUAAAACCAAAUGGGUUAAGAGGAAUUUCUGUAUGUUUUAGUUUUACGGGGGGAAAAGUAGAAAAACAAACAAAAAAACAAAACAACGCAGGCCAUGUUUGGGUUUAUUGUCCAAAAAGGUUAACUCAAAGUUGUGCUGUCCUGUCUCUCUCCAACUGUCUAUAAGGCUUUUAGUUAUGUUAUGUGCGUUCCAUGAUCCUGAGUGAUUCUGACAAACGUCCUUGUUGAUAAGACUUUUUUUUACACUUCUGUUUCUGACUUUGCUCUCUGACUUCAGCAGUACACAUAUUUUUAUUGUCAUUAGAAAGUCGACAGGUAUCUCUGUACCGUAAUUCAUGCAUUAACCGGGUUGCUGUGGUACUCUUUUAAUUUUGUCUGGUUUGCUGACAUUGUUGAGGUAGUAUGCAUUGUAUAUUGCCUUGAUAUAGACACUUCCUCCUCCACAGGCAAGUUUAGAAAAGCGGUAAGCACGUGUUUUUUUUUUUUUUUUCCUAACAUGUUCCCUCAGAAAACGUGGUUGCAAGAAAUGCUGCAUAUUUUUAGUGUUAUAUAUAUUUUUUUGUGCUGUUCUUUUUCCAGGACAGUCAGGUAAAUUGCCACUGUAUCUCAAAUGCAUUGAAACGUUUGUCUUGCCCAUUUCAAAGUGCGAACUAACUCACAUGUAUAAAAUUGUGUUUUUUUAUUUACAAAAGAAUGUUUUUUUAAUAUAAAAACAUUGCAAAAAUCAUUUUUGCUGUCCCAAUUCUGUUAGUGUUUAUCCAAUAUAAGAACAUAGAUGUUGUAGGGUCGGGGGUGGCUAAGCAGUCUUCAUCCAUCAGUUGAGCCCUCCUAUACUGUAAGUACAAAACUGUGACUGACUUUGAGAGAUAAAAGCCUUUUUUUGAUGCUUUAUAAACUGCAAAAGAUGUAGUAUUUUUGUCAAAAUAUUUCCAUUUCCCCAUGUCUCUGGGUAAGUAUGAAAUGUUCUGAGGAGAGGAAUAGUACUUUUGGAUUCUUGUACCACAUAUUUCUGAGACUUGUUUGACAACAUUCAGACUUUGAAUCUUUUACAGUAUGUUGAUACUUUUGUAGAUUGUUAGACUAUUUGUGUUGGUAGCAUUUCAGUGCCGGUUGGAUUUCUGAUCUGAGGGUUUUUGAAUGUCAGCACUCUGUUACACUGUUGGUAGGAACUGUUUUAAGGAUGCCCAUGUGGUUAUUUGCGUUUUGAACACCUGAUCUGCUAAGUGCCAUUGUGUAGUUGACUGUCUCAUGUUUUUCUUUAAAUGCCAUUUAUUGCAAACAUCUUGCUUAGAAAAUCCCCACUGCAUAACUCCAGUGUAGCAUGCAUAGGUUUCUGCUGAUAUUACUUCAAUGUCCUAUAUGAGCAUGUGGAAUGGUAGUAGUGGAAGUGCUUCUGACUAGCCCAGUAUUAUGACAUAUUUUUUCUGAAUGAGCACUGUUGUGAAAGGCUGUUAAUUUGAAGCAUUGUUCACUGAUGGCAAACAGUGCAAUAUAUCUGAUCUUUGCAGUGUCGUCCCAGACCUUGCACCUUAGGUUCUGCUGCAAUAACACAGGUAAGCGAAACCUAAGGAAAAACAGUGUUUUUUGUCUAGUGACAUGACCAAUUUACAUGCAAAGAAAUGCAUACCUGUGUCUUUAACAUGCCUUAAUGCAUUUAAUGCUUAGUUGUCAAGAAAUGUCAAGGAUUUUUAUCUGGUAUGAACAGCCCUUUUUUAAGAUGAUCUGCUUUCAUGAAUGAACUGCAUGAUAUGAGCUGUAUGACUUUUCUUACAUGAAGUUUGACUUUUCAAAAAGUUGACUACCCAGAAAAAGUUGUUUCAUAGGCUCACUGAGGAAAUGUUGUCGUAUGUGAUUAAUAUUUGUUGAUAGCCUUAUCUAUUCAUCCCGGUAAGUCUGACUGACUGUGUUUUCGAUGCUUUAGACAAAUAUGACGCUGGUAUAUCGAAACUGCAUGCCAUGCAAACCUGUUGCUAGAAGUUAGAGAUGUGCUCAACCGCUAGUGAAAUAUAUGAUUCUUUUUUUUUUCUUAAAAUUUCAUAAUCUGUCGUGGUGUAAAUCUGCCCUCAAGUGCAGUGCAAAUCUCUUAUUGAAACGCUGCUGCCUUCACUUCUUGCUCACAGUGUUGGAGGACGCUGCAAGCUUAGGUCUUAGAAUCAGGCCCGGUCGUAGUUGUUGUCCCCAAAAGGAGGAAUCCUUUGAGUCAAUCCCCACUGCUGAACGUAGACCGUUCAAGAGCUCCAGCCAUAAGGUAAAAACAGCAACGCAAUGAAAUUUAAAAUUCUGUGAUUGCAAACUGUGGUCAGAUACAUGUUUUUUCACCUCGGAUCAUCUUGUUUUUUAAUUCUUGAUGCCAUAGUUUAUACAGUUAUAUGCUGGUUUCUUGUGCUGCUUGAAUUCCUUCAAUAACUUUGAGUCAAUAGGAAUGUUCUUUAGAAAGUUGGAUGAGGACAGGAAGUGAUAUACUUUAGAUGACAUGCACUGUUUUUAUUGGCAGUAAAAAAUUGGGGGGGGGGGGGGGGGGGUUGCAAGUUUAAAUCACUUUUCUCUGUAGUUAAAGGGUCACUGUUUGUUUUGAGGCUGUUCUUUCUGUACAUGUGAGAUGCUCUGUGUUUCAACACAGAGGUCGUGGGGGUGUAGAAGACAAAACAAGGAGCAUGCCUUAGAGGUAAACAAAAAGGUUUCAUGUGUGUUUCUGUGUAUAUUAUCAAAUAUAUUGUUUUUUUUGCUUAAUGAAUCAACUGUUAUGACUUUUGAAAUGUUGCCAUGUUCAUUAAUAAAGUUGUAACAAAUGAA